GAAUUGGUUAUUUCAUUAUCUGAACUUCCCAGCACUGAUAUUAUAAGUCAGCACUUUUGCGACACUCCCUAUGCGACUUUACGACCUUUGCACCGUGUUUACGGUCCGACUGUCAUGCGCUGUAUGAAUAUGCUGAGAGUAAUACGAGCUGGGCAGAACGCGGUCCGGGCACUGACUGUCACACUCACACACCCGAGUCAGUCUGUCAGUAUGUCGUCGUGUCGCAGCUCACGCGCAGUUCCAGCUACGGUUCUGGGUAGCAUGGCGUUCGGGGGGCGCGCAGACGCGGACACGAGCGCGAAGAUGGUGAAGGCGUUUUUGGAGCGCGGGCACGACGAGCUGGACACCGCGUUCAUGUACACAGACGGGCACGCGGAGACAGUGAUCGGAGCAAUGCACCUGCCUCAGACAGUUCGAAUUGCCACCAAAGCGAACCCCUGGGAGGGCAAGACGCUGAAGCCUGAGAGUGUACGCUCUCAGCUUGAGACGUCGCUUCAGAGGCUGCAUGCUCAAAGCGUUGACAUCUUCUACUUACAUGCUCCAGACCAUGAGAACCCCGUCCAGGACACGCUCAGAGCCUGCAACCAGCUGCACAAAGAGGGAAAGUUUAAAGAGCUGGGUUUAUCUAACUAUGCCUCAUGGGAAGUGGCUGAAAUUUGCUGCAUCUGCAAACAUAAUAGCUGGAUCGUUCCUACCGUCUACCAGGGCAUGUACAACGCUACGACUCGACAAGUGGAGACGGAACUGCUGCCGUGUCUGCGAUACUUCGGCAUACGUUUCUACGCCUACAACCCCUUGGCGGGAGGCCUUCUCACUGGGAAAUACCAUUAUGAGGAUAAAGAUGGAGCUCAGCCUGCAGGACGCUUCUUUGGAAACACAUGGGCUGCUGCCUAUAGAGACCGGUAUUGGAAAGAUAGCCAUUUCCGUGCUAUAGACGGCGUCCUGAAGGCUCUUGACGAGGCGUACGGUCCCGACAAGCCAACUUUGACCUCAGCUGCAAUACGUUGGAUGUAUCACCACUCUCAGCUCAAGGGUGAGCUUGGAGACGCCAUGAUCAUCGGGAUGUCCACCAUGGAGCAGCUUCACGAGAACUUAGAAGCAGCUGAAGGUGGUCCUUUAAAGCAGGAAGUGGUGGAUGCCUUCAAGCGUGGCUGGGAUCUCGUGUCUCAUGAGUGUCCUAACUACUUUCGCUAG